AUGCCACUCCAGUCCCCCUUCAGCCCGGGCGAAAAGCACCCUAUCCCCGCUCGCCUAGGCGUGGCCGUCCCACUCUCCCAAGGCCAGUCUCUGCGCAUCGUCAACACCCACGGCACCCAGGUCGUCGACUUUUGGUGCUUCGCCGUUGAGCCAUCCGCCGCCGCCUCGGUGUCCGGUCCCCUUCCCGCUUCCACCCUCUCACUCAACCACUACCUCUCCAUGCCACACACUCGCGCCUCAACCCACCACCUCACGCCCCGCGUCCACGACACCCUGACGAGCAACCACCGCGCCCCAAUCCUCACGCUCCAGUCCGACACCAGCCCAGGCGUCCACGACACCCUGAUCGCCGCGUGCGACAUUUUCCGCUACCGUGAGCUGGCGCACCAACCCAUCGAGCAGGCUCCCCAGUACUACCACAACAACUGCGCCGACAACUGCCGCAACGCCCUGCUGGCCCUGUCCGCGCAGCUCGGCAUGACGCUGGCGCCCGCCCUCAGCAGAGACGAGGAUUGGACGCCGCCGGCGCCGCUGAAUCUGUGGAUGAAUAUCCCCGUGCACCCCAAGGAGGAAGGCAAGGCGGCGAUGCCGAGUGGUAGCGGGCCGAGCUGUGGCGCCGAGGUCAGCUUCGAUCGGCCGGUGAGUAAGGCGGGCGAUGAGGUCGUGUUCCGCGCUGAGACGGAUGUCGUGUGUGUCAUGAGUGCGUGUCCGCAGGACUUGCUGGAGAUUAAUUGUCGGGAGCCCAGGGAGUGUGCGUUUAUGGUGGUGGGAUGA